AUGACCUCUGAUGAGAUGUACAGUAAAUUGUCGGAGCUUAGUGAGCCGGGAGAGACCGUAGCAGAGACAUUGAAUGAGUUCAUCAGUAAGGGGUUUUCCGUCACAAGAACAGAUCUCUUUGAGUGGACCAAAGAACUCCGUCGAGACUGCAAAAUCUCAACAAGCCCUCGAGCUUCUGUUCUUUUGCUUCGAUUAUCUGAAUGUUUCUUGUCCUUGACAGAAGCCAAUGGUUUGGGACUCGAUAACUUUACGUUUACUUAUAGAAGGGAAAUGAAAUUUUCAGCCGACCAGCAUGGAGUUUAUCUUGAUCUUAUUGCGCUGCAUAAAGGCACAGCCGCGGCUGAAAAGUACUACAACAAGUUAGACUCUUGUGCCAAGAGUGAGGCCACUUACUGGAAACUCCUUAAAUGGCUUUGUCGAGAAGCUAUGGAUCAUCGUGGCGUUAUAGAUUGA